AUGACACUUUCUGCAGCACAAAAAGAAAGGAUCCUGCAACAUAAUUCUUUGGAUGAAAUAUGGAAAUCUACCCUGCAGCAUACUGAAUUUGUUCAGAAUCAGCCCAUGAAAUGGCAUGAUCGCUAUAUCAAAGAUAAAUCAUUCAAGCUGGGUGAUUGGGCUCUUCUCUAUGAUUCCAGGUAUAAAGAUAACUUAGGCGAAUUGCAGACCAGAUGGUUAGGCCCUUAUGUGAUAGUUGAAACAUUUCCCAAUGGUGUUGUUAGAUUAUCUACCAUAGAUCCUGUUAAAUUUAAACUAUUAGUUAACGGUCAUCGGCUAUGCCUAUAUCGUAAACCUCUAAGCAAAGAUGACUUCCUAUGGAAAUUUUCCACUUCCCAGCAUGUCGAGAUUCCUACAGCCAUUGAUGAUGGCUUAGCCGUCACCACUCGAUCUUAA